CCCACCUCACCUCUCCAAACUCCGGUAUCUCACUCCCCGUCGUUCGGGUUUCAGAAGGCAGGGGUGGGUGGGGUCUCUGCCCUCACAAAUACUUCUCCUCCUGCCGUUUUAAUACCUACACACCACCCCUGCACCGCCUCAUUCCAGCAGUGAGUAAAACCGAGGGCAGGUCCCGCAGCGGCACAGCGAUCCCGCAUUCUCACGUCCCCGCGCUCAUUCCUCCAGUUUGGGAUAAACUUCAGAGAACUGUCACCUCCUCACACAGGACUUCGUGUGUGUGUGUGUGUGUGUGUGUGUGUUACGGGACUUUUUGUCGCGGAGGCUGAGAACCGAGCUGCUUUGCCCGCCUUACCUGUCCCAUCCGCCGGUCCUCGGUGCGUCGUGUCCUGCGAGCAGUGUCCCCAGUUUGAUCCAGUUCCAGCCGAGUCCAGCUGUCUGCUAGAUCGCUAUCGUCAGGAUGAAGAUGAGACAGCUCAGAGGAUUGUGUGCCUUCGCUCUGUUGACCCUGGCUGCCCUCGCCACCGCCAGGCCAAAAGCAGGUCCUGAGCAGAAAUGUAAGUCCGGUCCGGUGGAUCUGGUCUUCCUCAUCGACAGCUCCCGCAGCGUCAGGCCACAUGAGUUUGAGACCAUGAGGAAGUUCAUGAUUGACAUCCUGGACACUCUGGACAUCGGACUCAACGCCACCAGAGUGGGAGUGGUUCAGUACUCCAGCCAGGUCCGCACAGAGUUCUCUCUGAGGGCUCACGCCAAGCUGGACUCCAUGGUGAAAGGCAUCAAUGAGAUCAUUCCCCUCGCUCAGGGCACCAUGACGGGCCUCGCCAUCAAAUACGUGAUGAAUGAAGCCUUUACUGCCGAGGCAGGAGACAGGCCGAAGGUCCCCAACGUUGUCGUCAUCGUGACAGAUGGACGUCCUCAGGACCGCGUGACGGAGGUGGCGGCCGAGGCCAGAGAGAAAGGCAUCGAGAUCUACGCCGUGGGCGUCGCCAGAGCUGACAUGACAUCACUGAGGGCCAUGGCGUCCCCGCCGUUCGAAGACCACGUUUUCCUGGUGGAGUCCUUCGACCUCAUUCACCAGUUUGGACUGCAGUUCCAGGACAAGCUCUGCGGUAUGGAUCUGUGUCUGGAGUCGGACCACGGCUGUGAGCACAUCUGUGAGAGCUCCCCGGGCUCCUACCACUGCCUCUGUCUGCCCGGAUACACCCUGAAUGACGACGGGAAAACAUGUGCAGCCAUCGAUCUGUGCACUGAGGGGAAACACGACUGUGAACAGAUCUGCGUGAGCUCACCUGGUUCCUUCACCUGCGACUGCAACAAAGGAUACAAACUGAACGACGACAAGAAGACCUGCUCAAUGAUCGACUACUGUUCGUUUGGGAACCACAGUUGUAAUCACGAGUGUGUGAGUGUGCUCAAUGGCUAUCACUGCACCUGUAACGAGGGAUACAGGCUGCUGGACGACGGCAAGACCUGCCACGCUAUUGACCUGUGCGCUGAGGGGAAACAUGACUGCGAACAAAUCUGCGUCAGCGCGCCCGGCGUCUUCACCUGCGACUGCAACAAAGGAUUCACACUGAAUGAGGACAAGAAGACCUGCGCACCCAUCGACCUGUGCGUCGAGGGAAAGCAUGACUGCGAGCAGAUCUGCAUCAGCGGCCCCGGCGUCUUCACCUGUGACUGCAACAAAGGAUUCAAACUCAACAAAGACAAGAAGACCUGCACAAACAUGGACCUGUGUAACACCGUGGAGCACGGCUGUGAGCACCAGUGUGUGAGCACUCCAGGAUCGUACUACUGCAUCUGUCCGGAGGGACAGCUGCUGCAGGAGGACGGCAAGAGCUGCGGCACCUGCAAGUCUGCCAACAUCGACCUGGUGCUUCUGAUCGACGGCUCGAAGAGCGUCCGCCCUCAGAACUUUGAGCUGGUCAAAAAGUUUGUUAACCAGGUGGUGGACUCCUUGGACGUGUCUGCUCACGGCACCCGGGUUGGUCUGGUUCAGUACUCGAGCCGGGUCAGGACAGAGUUCUCUCUCAACAUGUACCACACUGCUGACGAGAUCAAGGCUGCGGUUAUGAAGGUUGACUACAUGGAGAAAGGCACAAUGACCGGUCUGGCCCUGAAACACAUGGUGGAGAACAGCUUCUCGGAGGCGGAGGGCGCUCGUCCCGCCAGCCGCAACAUCCCCCGAAUUGGACUGGUGUUCACAGACGGACGCUCCCAGGACGACAUCACAGAGUACGCCAAGAAGGCCAAGGAAGCUGGUAUCACCAUGUACGCGGUGGGCGUUGGAAAAGCCGUGGAAGAUGAACUCCGUGAGAUUGCAUCCGAGCCUUUGGAGAAACAUUUCUAUUAUACCACCGACUUCACCGCCAUCAGCACCAUCGCUGAGAACCUCAAACUCAACGUCUGCCCAGCUGCAGAGGAGAGUCAGGGCGAGAUCGAGGUGAAGGACCCGUGUGCCUGUGAGAGUCUGGUGGAGUUCCAGCAGGCGACCAUGAGCAGCCUGGAGCAGCUCACACAGAAACUGUCCGGGAUGACGGCUCGUCUGGAGCAGCUGGAGAACCAGCUUCUCUCCAGGAAGUGAUCUGUGAUCAUCGCGGUGAGCGAACGGGACGCCACAGAGGAAGAACGACGGACCGAGGAAGAGGAGGGCACAUCAUGGGAAGAUCAUUAAAAAAAACAGAAAGCCUUCCAAUCAAUGGACAAAAACCAAAGUGUCUUUUUUAACAAAGCCUUUGUAGCCUUCACUAGGUCUGUCGCUCUUCGUGUUGAUGAGGAUGACAUUUAUCUGAAAGCUUUUGAUAUAGAAGCAUAUUUCUGGUAUCGAUGUAAAUGACCUUAUUUGUACACGUUAUUGUCUUAGAGAAAAACAUUUUCCAACCCAUCACUGAGCAAAUGUUUUCAUGAAACGAAGAAUAUUAUAUCCCCUGGACGCCGUGCGUGUUCAAACAACUCAACAGAAUUAAGGAUAAAUUCCCCGUGAACACGUUUUAACAAAGAGGAUCGUAGGCUGUAAACUAGAUGUACUAUAGAUAUUAGACACAUUCACUCAGCUCAUUCAUAAUCACACAGCAUCCGUCUGUCUCUCUUCGUGCUGUUUAUACUUGAUCUGUUUUGUACGGUUUGUUAAAUAUGAUGUAUUUAUAGCAGAUUGUUUUUGUUUAGAAUAGCAUUUUUAUAAAAACUGUUUAAAGUGUUAUUACCACUCCCAAUAUUAAAUUGGUCAUUUUCAUACAAAAUCGUCAUCGUUUGCCUGAAGAAACUCGUUUGGAUCACAGAACUAACUGCUGAAGAUUAAAGUGGAUUUGAUUUUUUGAAAAAGGGAAGUUUAAAGUGGCCGUUCAGUAAAGCUGUGGUCUGUUCAGAUACGGUCUCACAGGGCUUUAACAUGUCUGAGUGUUGGAUUACAUACAAAUUAAAAAAAACUACAUCUUUGGCAGGAAAUACCUCCGUCAACACAGAAUGGGAAUGACCGCCCUAACCAUGGUCUCAUUCUUAUAGUUUUAUAUUAAAGAAACCACCACAUGUGUACGCCCCUUCAUAUUUGAAUGCCUGUAUGUUUUUGUAUAUUUUCUAAUAGCUUUACCUUUUUGUAUUUCUCUGAUGAAGCCCUGUAUCACACGCAGAAGGCAAUAAAGGAGAGAACUUUUCA